AUGGUCCGAUUAUCACCACUACCUCUCGCAGCCCUCCUGCUGCCAUCCCUCAUCGCCGCCCAAUCAACCAUCCUCUCCUCACCACCACCACCACCAGCUUCAGAAACAGCCUGCAACAACUCCCCCGACCUCUGCUCCCGCUCCUACUCCAACAUAACCCACAUCGGCGCCCACAACUCGGCCUUCCUCCGCGACGCCUCCACCGGCAACUCCAUCGCCGGCAACCAAUACUACAACGCCACCCUCGCCCUCUCCUCCGGCCUCCGCCUCUUACAGGCUCAAGUCCACCUCCACGACAACACCCUCAAGCUCUGCCACACCCUCUGCGACCUCCUCGACGCCGGCCCCCUCGAGACCUUCCUCUCCUCCAUGGCCAGCUGGCUCUUCCUCAACCCAAAUGAAGUCAUCACCCUUCUCCUCGUAAACUCCGACUCCCAACCCAUCACCUCCUUCGCCUCCCUCUUCGAAUCCUCCUCCCUCUCCCAAUACGGCUUCAUCCCCACCAACACCACCACCAUUUGGCCCACCCUAUCAGAAAUGAUAUCCCUCAACCACCGCCUAGUAACCUUCAUAACCAACAUCACCCCCUCCCCUUCGUCUCCUUACCUCCUCCCUGAAUUCUCAUACAUCUUCGAAACCCCCUUCAACAACACCUCCCCCUCCUCCUUCACUUGCACCCUCGACCGCCCCCUUUCCGCCGGCGCCGCCUCCGCCGCUCUAUCCUCCGGCCUGCUACCCCUGCUGAAUCACUUCCUCUACGUCGACCUCUCCUCCGGGAUCCAGAUCCCAAACGUCGACUUCAUCGACUCGACCAACUCCCCUGAUCUUGUCACCACCGGUUCCUUAGGCAGACACGCAGAGCUUUGCUCCGGACAGGACCAGUGGGGCACAAAACCGGUGUUUGUCCUUGUAGACUUUUUCAACCGUGGACCUGCGAUAGAGACGGGCGACAGGCUCAACGGGAUACAAGGGAAGACAGCUGGGAGGACAACCUUACCCGUGGAGGGGAGCGGUGGUGCAGCUGCUGGUGCUGCGACUGGGGAUGCAGCCGGGGCGAGGGGGAAUCUCAAGGCUUUUGGGGCGCUGGUGGGCUUUUUGGGGGUGGCCUUGGUUGUUCUCUGA